AGAACCACUAUCUGGCGCACCCCGGGCAACGUUGAUUUAUCAGCGGCUAAUCCUUCAACAACCGGAACGGACUUCUGAGAAAAUGAAGACCAAUAAGAUCCUACCCAAACGGUCUUUUCUAAGCCCAUUUGUGACUAUGUCGAUAAACACGGAAGGAAUAUCGAGAGACAAAGAAGUUUUACUAUCUGACUUGUGUAAAGAAUAUCAGUGUGACUUCCUCCUGAUUCAAGAAACUCAUCGGGGCAGUACAAGACCCACACCCAAAAUAGAUGGAAUGAAGAUGAUCUUGGAGAGACCACAUGAACGGUACGGUAUUGCCAUCUUCGCCAGGCCAGGAAUUAGAGUCACUUCUGCAUCACUGACUGACAGGCAAGACAUUGAGAUAUUAACCGUUCGAACUCAGCAGUAUAACGUUACCUCUGUGUACAAACCCCCAGAAUCAGAUUUUGUCUUCAUUGAGCCUGGCAAUUUCAGUUACCAAGACUUUAAUUUUGUAUUGGGCGAUUUCAACUGUGAGAACACUUCAUGGGGCUAUAAAGAAACUAACAGCAGCGGAGUGGAACUAGAGACCAGGGCUGAGGUACACGAUCUACUGCUCAUAAAUGACCCGAAACAGCCAAGCUCCUUUAAUAGUGGCAGAUGGAAGAAAGGGUACAAUCCCGUUAACAUCUUUGUUAGCAAGAAACUCGCUAGUCAAUGUGGAAAACUGAUUGGGGAGCCAAUUCCCCAUACGCAGCAUCGGCCCAUAAUUUUCACGUUCAAUGCAGUUGUUAAGCCUGGACAUGUUCCUUUCAAAAGAAGAUUCAAUUUUAAAAAGGCCAACUGGAAGAAAUUUAGAGAGCUCAUUGAUGUAGAAAUAACAAAAAUCCCCCCACAACCUGAGAUAUAUGACUCUUUUGUCAAACUCGUUCAGAAGGUGUCUAGGAAAAUAAUACCGCGAGGAUGCAGAAACAGUAUAUUACGGGACUAUCUAAGGACGCAAAGCCACUACUGGAAAGAUACCAGAAGCUCUUCGGUAACGACCCAUUUAAUGAUGAGACACUUCUAGCAGGCGAUGAACUCAUGCCAGUCAUACCUGAAAACCGCAAAGCCAAAUGGUGUGACCUCGUGGAGAACCUGGACAUGAAAGUGAACAGUAGGCGGGCUUGGAAACUGUUAAAGAACCUUAAUGGUGACGCCGCAAAGUCAAAUGAUAAAUUUACUAACGUCACGGCAGACCAAGUCGCCACUACACUCCUUAUGAAUGGCAAAACUGACGGCAGAAAGUCCCAGGAACCAUUAUCACUCGAUCCGGCAGAGGAAAAUCAUCACCUCAAGAUACCAUUUACAAUGUCAGAACUUACUGCAGCCAUUUCCAGCUUGAUGAUUAACAGAGCUCCUGGUAUCGAUGAACUUAGAGUCGAGCAAAUUAAAAACUUUGGCAGUUAUACCCUACAGUGGCUGCUAGAUUUGAUAAACGCAUGUGUAGAAAGGCUCCAUAUUCCAAAUAUGUGAAGGAAAGCUUGAGUGGUUGCACUUCUAAAACCAGGGAAGGACUCUGAUGAUCCAAAAAACUUCCGACCUGUGUCUCUUUUAUGUCACUGUUUUAAUAUCUUGGAACGCCUGACGCUAAGUCGCAUAGAAAGCGUCUCGGAACAACAGAUCAUCCCACAUCAGGCAGGUUUCCGACCAGGCAAAUCGUGUUGCGGUCAAGUCCUGAACCUGACCCAACAUAUCGGGAAUGGCUUUGAGAGGAAAGAGAUCACGGGAGUGGAAUUCAUAGACCUUUCAGCUGCAUAUGAUACUGUAAAGCAUCGGAGGCUCCUUAGGAAAGUAUAUAAUGAGAUUUUUCGUCUGUCUCCAGCGCAAGAAGAGCAGGUGGAGAAAUUAGAGGAAUGGUCUACCUCAGGGAAGCGUCCUCGCCCCAGCUCUGUAUAAUAUAUAUACAAACGACCAACCAGUGCCAAAGAUCACGCGCCAAUUUAUGUAUGCCGAUGACACUGCAGCCCAAGGUAACAAUUUCAUGGACGUAGAGGAGAAAUUAACCAGUACCUUGGAAGCUCUCUCCCAGUAUUAUGAGGCAAACCACCUAAGGCCGAACCCUUCCAAGACGCAGGUCUGUGCAUUCCAUUUAAAAAAACAGGGAGGCAAAUCGUGAAUUAAAUGUAAUAUGGGGAGGUGAACGUCUCGAGCAUUGUAAAACGCCCGAAUAUCUUGGUGUCACGUUGGAUCGCACACUGACCUAUAAACAUCAUUGUAUUGCCACAAGGGAAAAAGUCUCAACUAGAAACAUCAUCAGGGAGCUAACCAGUGGAUCCUGGGUUGCAAACCCAAAAGUCCUGACAACUUCAGCCCUUGCGCUCAGCGUGUCAGCCGCGGAAUACGCUGCUCCAGUAUGGUCUGCAUCAACACACGCUAGAAAAGUUGAUGACGCGGUGAAUGAAAUGGCACGGAUGGUUACCGGAUGCUUGAGGCCAACCCCAGUGCUGAAGAUGUACUUAAUCAUGGGGAUCGCACCGCCCAACAUACGACGUGACAUCGCUGACGAAGCCGAAAAAACCCUUUAUAUGCACACCAGCCUGCUGACCGCCGGCUUUGUUCGAGAAAGAGUUUCCUGUCACGUACCCGAGCCCUGGAAGGGUGGACUGCAGAGAAUCGUUUGAAAAGGCGGGAAAACGACCUGAGAAA